AGCCUUCCCGGGUUAGUGGCAAACAAACAUAGCCUUCUCUGUUUGUCGGUAAUCUCAAACUCUGUCUUCGGAUUAUAUAUACAAAUCCUUCAGAUCCCAAUCUUCUUCUCUGUACUUCGCAGACCUUCGCUGUCGUCUCCAUUAACUCCUCCAUCUAUCUUCAGUUUUUCCUUCAUUUUUUUGUUUUUGUUUUUGUGAAUUCCGGCCGGAUUCGUCGACGUUGUUCGGCGGUCGGGAUUGAUUGUGUUGAGAGGGAGAUAUCUUGUGAUUUGAAGAGGAAUUAGAAGAGAUGAGUUAUUAUAAUCAAGGCCAGGCUCCGGUUGGAGUGCCUCCGCCUCAUGGUUAUCCGCCGGAAGGUUAUCCGAAGGAUGCUUAUCCGCCGCCGGGAUAUCCACCGCAGGGAUAUCCGCCCCCAGGAUAUCCGCCGCAGGGCUAUCCUCCUCCCGGUGCUUAUCCGCCGCAGGGAUAUCCUCCGCCUUACGCUCCUCAGUACGGUCAACCUCCUCCUCCUCAACAGCAAAGUAGCAGCUCUGGUUGCUUGCAAGGCUGUUUGGCUGCGCUGUGCUGUUGCUGCCUGCUCGACGCCUGCUUCUGAAGAGACCCCAUGUGCAGUGUGUGGUGGGCUGGCUUCAAAUUCAAGGACUAUCUCUCUCUCUCUCUCAGUAAAGCUUUUCCCUAAGAGAAAAAAGAUUGAAACUGGGCGUUCAAUUUGUGAAGUUUUUAAUUUGUUGCGUUUAUUGAUUAUAAUAGUCUAGUGCUUGUUCCUCCCUCGUUCCCUCCAUUUUUCUUAUAUAAAUAACACCCCCUUAUCUCUC